AUGGCAGACCUCCAGCGGCAGCUGGGCACCCAAACCCAGAAAGUAAAAAUCCUGCAGGCGGAGCUUGAGGAGCUCAAGCAGGUGGUGCUUGGCCUCACGCAGGUGGAGGAGGAGGAGGGAGAGCACAGCGAGGAGACAGGCACUCCGCCUCCUCCAUCGGCGGACGAGUUGGAGGAGCUGACCGACUCAGACACAGACCCUCUUCCCCCUCCACCCCCGUCUCUGAUCGCGAGGAUCCUUCUGCAGCAAGUCUUUACCUGCGUAGCGGGCAAAAACGAAACGGCGGCGCAUGUGCAGAAAUCGCACGCGGACGAUACCAGGAUUAAGGAGGCAGAUCCUGCCGUGGAGGUGGAAAGGGGUCAGCAGACCACAAUGCAGUCAGGCCCUGCUGUGGAGGUGGAGGAGCCGCACACCACCCGUUGGGUGUGUGUCCGCCGGAGUGGAAUGGAUAUCCGUUCUGGCCCUUACGUUCAGCGCACUCAUGUUGCAGGCUACUUGCCUGCGCAGAAGGUCUUCGAUGUCUGCGAAGAGAGACGCGGGCUUCAUGGAACAGUCUUUCUCAAGCUUGCUGAUGGCAGUGGCUGGGUGUUCUCGGAAACCCGCUCAGGCAUUUUUUGCGAGCCUGCCGAUGCCCGGCACAAGAAGAUGGAGGGGGAAAAGCACGGCCACGCCUGGACCUACCAGGGCCAGGAGAGCUUCCCAUGGAAAGGUUCUCAUGAGAACUCUUGGAGCGGGAGCUCCGACUCCGAGAACAGAUGGUGGACGGCCCAGGACACCGUGAACAACGGAUCAUGGAACCGAUCUUGGAGUGGGAGUGCCGACUCCAAGUCAAGCGAAUGGUGGAUGGAGAAAGGACAGGGUGAGUGGAAGAGGAAUGAUCCGUGGGCAAACUGGAAGAAGAACCAGUACUGA